AACAAAAUCAAGAUCAAAACCGCCAUUGUUCUUUGUAACAGUAUCAAAAACACCUUCAAGGUUCACGAGAGGAACAUUAUUCGAAUUAAUGGGACGCUGGAUGAAACCAGAGGUCUACCCUCUAUUGGCUGCAAUGACCUUUGUCACCACCAUGUGUGUCUUCCAACUAACAAGAAAUGUGCUCCAAAACCCUGAUGUUAGGAUUAACAAAACACGACGCAGCAUGGCAGUGUUGGAUAACAGAGAAGAGGGAGAGAAAUAUGCUGAGCAUAGUCUGAGGAAGUUUCUUCGUACUCGACCACCAGAGAUUAUGCCAACCAUUAACCACUUCUUCAGCCAGGAUAAAUGAAACAAAAAUCAAGUUUAUCAGUUUCUCUCUGCAAAAUAAACUACUAAUUAUAAAACUUUUGGAAUUUUGUUUAUGAAUGUAAACCUCUCUUGUUCUAUCUUAAUUAUCUCUAGUGAUCCUUCAUUAUUUUGUCGCCCAGUGAUGAGUAUUUGAUGU